CUACCAACUAAAUACAGAACAAAUUUAAAGCAAAUUCUAUUUUAGAUUUAUUGGUAUUGUUUGUUGCGAGGAUGAAUCCUAAAGCUAUUGCUUGGGUGCUUGUCAAUAUGGCAGUGCAUUGUGCAUUUUCAUCAACGUUUGAAUCAACUGCGCUAGUACAAACUUUGGAUAAUUCUAAUGAAACAGCAAGAGACGCCUGGUCGGGAAGCGCAGGUACCUGCACAAACGUUCAAAGGCGUGAUCUAGUUUAUUAUAACCACGCUAAUCUAAUGUUCGUAUCUUCGGGUAGCACAUUAACAAGCACCUACACAUGGAACGGGGCAAAAUUCAUUUACUGUAUCGAGUUAGUUACCAACUACGGUACCAGCGGUCAAGUAACUUCUGGUGGAGUUGGUUACCAAUCGGCUGCAGUGGAAGUCCAAUCUCGGCCAGGAAAAGAUUUGGAAGCAAUCAUUUUCAUUUAUGCGGACUAGAAGCUCAUAUUAUACUAUUUUCUGAAAUUAUAACAAAUCUUUAUUUCGGAAAGAAGUCGUUGCUAAUUUGUUAGUUUUGGAAUUCGUAUAUCUGCAGUAUUAUAUCUGUAAUAGAAACUUCUUUGUUAUUUAAAAAAUAGCUAAUAUUGCCAACAAGUGACCUAAUGUGGCCAGCUUUAAAU